CUGGAGGAGCAUUAGAGUGAGACCAAAGAGUCUUCCAAAAUAAUGGUAUCAGGAUUAUUUGUUAUGGAGUCUUCUUCCUCUUCUUCUUGUCCUUCCCAGUUGCUGUCGUCCCGGUUGAUAUUAUGUGUUUGUGUUGUAGUUUUUGGUGUUUUCCAGUACCCUACAGCCACAGAGGGACUGGUGAAGCUGCCACCAAACCAGACUGUUCCGGCGGUGAUAGUGUUCGGCGAUUCGAUCAUGGACACGGGCAACAACAAUGAUCUCGAGUCACUUGUUAGGUGCAAUUUCCCUCCUUAUGGACUAGAUUUCCAGCAGCACAUGCCUAGUGGCAGGUUUGGCAAUGGCAAAGUGCCCUCAGACCUCAUAGCGUCAGAAUUGGGAAUCCGAGAGUAUUUGCCGGCAUAUUUGGAUCCAAAUCUACGACCUCAAGAUCUCCCCACUGGAGUUGUCUUUGCAUCAGGUGGUACCGGAUUUGACCCUAUGACACCCCAAAUAGCGUCAGUUAUAUCAAUGGAUGAUCAGUUGAAAAUGUUCAAAGAGUAUAUAGCGAAGCUCAAGGGCGUUGUUGGAGAAGAGAGAACCGAGUUCAUCCUAUCCAAGGCUCUAGUUCUGGUGGUUUCCGGCAGUGAUGACAUCGCCAACACCUAUUUUGGCAUUCGCAUAAGACAAGCGCAGUAUAGUGUUCCUGCUUACACUGACCUCAUGGUCAACUCUGCAUCUAGUUUCGUCAAGGAAUUGUACAAACUUGGGGUGAGAAGGAUUGGCGUGUUCAGUGCACCACCAAUAGGAUGUGUGCCUUCACAAAGAACUUUGGGUGGAGGAAUUCUGAGAGGUUGUGCAGAAGAACACAACGACGCGGCAAAGUUAUUCAACAUCAAACUGUCCAGCUCACUCAACUCCUUAAGCUCCGCCCUGUCUGGCAGUAAAAUCGUCUACGUGGAUGUUUACAAUCCACUGCUUGAUAUCAUUCUCAACCCUGCCAAAUAUGGUUUUAAAGUUGUGGAUCAAGGUUGCUGUGGUACGGGGGAAAUAGAGGUAGCAGUGUUAUGCAACAAGUACGAUUCUACGUGUGAAAAUCGAUCCGAUUAUGUGUUUUGGGACAGUUAUCAUCCUACAGAAGGAACCUACAACAUACUCAUCCCUUCACUUAUCAAUAAAUAUAUUAACAACUUCUUGAGCGAUUGAUUAAUGAAAUAAUAUUGUCGCCUUUUUAAGUCCAAUUAAUCAGUUGCCUUACAUUUUAAUAUGGUCGUUAAAAUCAGUAUAUAAAAUAUUAUGAUAUCAUGAAUUGAUCGAUUUGUUUAUGCUCCUGGCUAAUCCUCAGUCCUCAUUGUCAAGUCAUGCAAUCAGCUUUUCAUCUUUUUGGAAGAAAAUGUAAUAAUAAACAUUGUAAUAUUCUAAUU